AAUUAAUCACGUAAGUGAAAAGAUCAAUGGCGGACGCAGCCCCAGCCGGUGGUAGAGGAGGAUUUCGUGGUGGGUUCGGCGGCAGAGGCCGCGGACGUGGACGUGGUCGCGGCAGAGGAAGGGGACGUGGUCGUGGAGCUAAGGAAGAGAAGGACUGGAUCCCCGUGACGAAACUGGGUCGUCUCGUAAAAGAUGUCAAAAUCAAGAGUCUGGAGGAGAUCUACCUUUUCUCUCUGCCUAUCAAGGAGUUUGAAAUCAUUGACUACUUCCUGCCACCUGGAACCCUGAAGGACGAAGUUCUGAAAAUUAUGCCUGUCCAGAAACAGACCAGGGCUGGACAGAGAACCAGGUUCAAGGCCUUUGUCGCUGUUGGUGACUUCAAUGGCCACAUUGGUUUGGGAGUGAAGUGCUCCAAGGAAGUUGCCACUGCUAUCCGUGGUGCCAUCAUUCUGGCCAAACUGUCAGUCAUUCCCGUCCGACGAGGAUACUGGGGUAACAAGAUCGGAAAACCACACACUGUCCCUUGCAAGGUGUACGGCAAGUGUGGUAGCAGCCGAGUGCGUCUCAUCCCUGCCCCCAGGGGUACUGGCAUUGUUAGUGCGCCUGUACCCAAGAAGCUGUUGCAUAUGGCUGGUAUUGAGGACUGCUACACCUCAGCUGUCGGUGCCACUGCUACACUUGGAAACUUUGCCAAGGCCACCUACCAGGCUAUCUCCAAGACGUAUGCAUAUCUCACCCCUGACCUGUGGAAGGAGACCGUGUUCAGCAAGAGCCCCUACCAGGAAUACACUGACUACCUGUCAAAACACCACACAAGGGUCGCUGUCCAGAAACAGGAACAGAAGGUCUACUAGACAUGCGAGGAAAACUUGUGUAAAACAAAAUAAGAAAAUAAAAAAAUUAAUCCUAA